UGGCAUGAUUCUUCUGUGCUUCAACACCCAAACAGCUAGCAGGGAAAAUAUCCACCAAUCAUGGCAUUUCUUCAGGAACAGGCUAGGUGCUGGUCUGAGACUGGAAGAGGUUACCAAGGAAGAGAUACCCAGAACACCUAAUUGGACAACAUGACCUGUGACAACAAGUGGGGGAGCUGUCUAAUCUUUAAUUGUACAGAAAGCACAGGAAAUAGCCAGAGCUGGUUUUAAGAUCAUCCAUGCCAAAAUGAUGUACUCAAUAAAGCAGUUCUUUGAGGAAACUAAAAGUCUUGGAGUGCUGACUCAUUUGUGUUCAUCAGUUAGAACCUUAACAAUAAACCAGCUGUCACUUUUUAAGCUUUAACUAGCAAACAAAACCUCUGGCGUCCUGAGCCCUGGCUGCCUACCCAAUCAUUUUCAGGAGGAUGGAGAAGACUCAGGGAAGGUCAAAGAGAUGGAAAUGGAGUCGGAGAGAAGCCAAGAAUGGUGCCCGCUGGGACAAAGGUUCAGAUCUGUUCCGGUGGCCGCUCCCCUGGUCACCCCAACCUGCAGAGCCAUCCUAUGCUUCUGGUGUGCAGUCAAAUGCUUCCCCACCAAGAGGGGGGCCAUCCGCUCCCACCGAGCUAAAGAAGCCACAACAAAAGGGAAGAGAGUAUAGCACACCAGGCCAUAGAGUUCUUCUCCCCUAGCAGUGAGGGAGAGGGAACUCUGGUUGAAGGGGACCAUCAGUCAGCUUGUUAUGACAGCGUAGAUGAGGGAGAAGGCAGUCCAAUGGUAAGUGGAGCUGGUUGCACCUUCUCUGCCAAUCCUCUGGCAAGGAUUGUAGCACCCAAGUCGGGAGCCCAGGGAGAAUUGAAGACACUCAUAGACAUGGGCUGCACCCAAUGCCCACUUGUCCAUGGCUCUGAAGAUAGGAAUACGAGCGAGGAAGCUGCCCCAGUCCAUGAGGUUUGAGCAGGUGGACUUGUCCCUAAUAGGAGGCUCCCCCAGAAUGAGCUCAUACAAUUGAAAAUAGGCAAGUACCAUGAGAUCAUCUGGUUCAUAAUAAUGCCAAAAAUGAUGGCGGUAGUGAUUCUAGGGAUGUCCUGGCUAGAAAAGUGGGGCCUGACCAUAUGAUGGCAGAAAGGAGAAAGGAAAAUGAGCACAAUUUCCCUGUUGGGGGCUCAGGAGAAGGUGAAUGGCAGAGUAAGGAGGCUGGAGGAAGCGUGUAGCUGAAAGUGGCUUCAGAACAGCAGCCAGAAGCCCAGUUCAUCCCCCAAGAGUAUCGGAACCUGAAGGGGGUGUUCAGUGAAGAGGAAUGUGAUGUCCCAUAUUCCCCUGCCCUACCGACUGUGUGAUAGAGAUCCUGUCAGAGGCAAAACUCCCCAAACCAAAGAUAUACUCUAUGACCCCAAAAGAAUUGGAGGAUUUGAGAAACUACAUUGAUAAGUAAGUGGGAGAGGCAGAUAUGGCGGAGGGGGGGGGGCGUAUCGAGAGUUGGGAGCACGUGUUCAAUGUCUGAAAGCGAUCACGUGCUCCGGCCCCCCAGUCCCUACCCGUUCCUCGGGCGGCCAUGAUCCUCAGAGCUUGGAUCUUCGGCUGAUGUUAUGUAAUGCCCGGUCCGUGGUUAAUAAAGCUCCCCUGAUUUGCGAUCUUAUUCAGGGGGAGUCCGCGGACCUUAUGGGCAUUACGGAGACCUGGUUGGGUCCAGAGGGGGGGGUUCCCCUUGUUGAGCUGUGCCCUCCAGGUUUCCGAGCAUUUCAUCAGCCGAGGGCCCAAGGUAGGGGUGGGGGGGUGGCGGUUGUUAUUAAGGAAGAUCUAGAGCCGAGGGAGGCCACUGUUCCUCAGAUUGCCGGCUGUGAAUCCCUCUAUGUGCGGUGGGGCCAUAGGAAUCAGUUGGGCUUGUUGAUCGCGUACCUGGCUCCUUGCAGCGUGACCACAGCCCUGCCUCAGCUGUUGGAGGUACUUGCCGCUGUGGCGGUUGAGACCCCCAGACUUAUAGUCAUGGGGGAUUUCAACCUUCCAUCAGCUGGCUUGUUAUCGACGGCAGCUCGGGAGUUCCAGGCUUCCAUGACGGCCUUGGACUUGAUUCGAGUAAAUGAUGGCCCUACGCACAUGGGGGGAGGCAUGCUGGAUCUGAUUUAUAUCUCUGGACAGUGGUUAAAUGAUCUGGAAUUAGAUGGUUUAGUAACAGAACCAAUGUCAUGGUCCGAUCAUUUUCUCCUUCGCCUAGACUUCCGAACCGCCACUCACCAUCGCAGGGAGACGGAACCUAUACGUUGGUUCCGUCCCAGGUGCCUGAUGGACCCCGAGAGGUUCCUGACGGAGCUUGGGCCAUUCCCUGAGGAUCUGGCCCACGGCACGACUGAGGAACUAGUCGUGGCCUGGGAACAGGCCGCGGCCGGGGCCUUGGACCGUGUCGCGCCUUUGCGGCCUCUGACCCGGCGCAGAUCUCGUCCGGCCCCUUGGUUCUCCGAGGGGCUGAGGGAGAUGAAACGCCGGAGAAGACGCCUAGAGAGCACCUGGAGGUCCAGUCGUUCCAAAGCUGAUCGGACACUAGUUAGGUCCUAUUCUAGGACCUAUCUAGUGGCAAUGAGGGAGGCGAGGCGUUCUUACGCCUCCACCCUCAUUGCGUCGGCAGAUAACCGCCCGGCCGCCCUGUUUCGGGUGACCCGCUCCCUUCUUCAUCAGGAGGUGCGGGAUGACCCUUUGCAGGGAUGUGCCGAGGAGUUUACUGGUUAUCUAUACGAUAAAAUCGCUCAGCUCCGGGAUGGCCUGGACCGAAAUUGGGAUGAUCCAAGCGAGGGAGAGGAGGCACGUCUUGUCGAGUCUGUUUGGGAUGAGUUUGACCCUGUGGCUCCCGAGGACGUGGACAGGUUGUUGGGGAGGCUUCACGCCACGACAUGUUUACUGGACCCGUGUCCUUCCUGGCUGGUACUGGCCACUCAGGAGGUGACACGAGGCUGGCUCCAGAGGAUUAUCAACGCUUCUUUGUUGGAAGGCGUUUUCCCUGCCGCCUUGAAAGAGGCGGUGGUGAGACCCCUCCUCAAGAAGCCCUCCCUGGACCCAGCUAUUUUGGGCAAUUAUCGUCCAGUCUCCAACCUUCGCUUUGUUGCGAAGGUUGUAGAGAGUGCUGUGGCGUGACAGCUACCCCAAUACCUGGAUGAAGCCGUCUAUCUAGACCCGUUCCAGUCCGGCUUCCGACCCGGAUACAGCACGGAGACAGCUUUGGUCGCAUUGGUGGAUGAUCUCUGGAGGGCCAGGGAUAGGGGUUACUCCUCUGCCCUGGUCCUAUUAGACCUCUCAGCGGCUUUUGAUACCAUCGACCAUGGUAUCUUGCUGCGCCGGUUGGGGGGAUUGGGAGUGGGAGGCACCGUGUAUCGGUGGUUCUCCUCCUAUCUCUCCGACCGGUCGCAGACGGUGUUGACAGGGGGGCAGAGGUCGACCGCGAGACGCCUCAUUUGUGGGGUGCCGCAGGGGUCGAUUCUCUCGCCCCUUCUGUUCAACAUCUAUAUGAAGCCGUUGGGUGAGAUCAUCAGUGGCUUCGGGGUGAGAUACCAGCUGUACGCUGAUGACACCCAGAUGUACUUUUCCACCCCGGGCCACCCCAAUGAAGUUGUUGAAGUGCUGUCCCGGUGUUUGGAAGCCGUACGGGUCUGGAUGGGGAGAAACAGGCUCAAGCUUAAUCCCUCCAAGACGGCGUGGCUGUGGAUGCCAGCAUCCCGAUUCAGUCAGCUGCAGCCGCAGCUGACUGUUGGAGGCGAGUUAUUGGCCCCAAAGGAUAGGGUGCGCAACUUAGGUGUCCUCCUGGAUGAACGGCUGUCAUUUGAGGAUCAUUUGACGGCCGUCUCCAGGAGGGCCUUCCACCAGGUUCGCCUGGUUCGGCAGUUGCGCCCCUUCCUUGAUCGGGAUGCCUUGUGCACAGUCACUCAUGCGCUCGUUACCUCUCGCUUGGAUUAUUGUAAUGCUCUCUACAUGGGGCUCCCCUUGAGGUGCACUCGGAGGCUUCAGUUAGUCUAGAAUGCAGCUGCGCGGGUGAUAGAGGGAGCUACGCGUAGCUCCCACGUAACACCACUCCUGCGCAGACUGCACUGGCUACCUGUGGCCUUUCGAGUGCACUUUAAGGUUUUGGUUACAACCUUUAAAGCGCUCCAUGGCUUAGGGCCUGGGUACUUACGGGACCGCCUGCUGUUACCGCAUGCCUCCCACCGACCCAUAUGCUCUCACAGAGAGGGACUUCUCAGGGUGCCGUCCGCCAAGCAAUGUCGGCUGGCGGCCCCCAGGGGAAGGUCCUUCUCUGUGGGGGCUCCCACACUCUGGAACGAACUUCCCCCGGGUUUACGCCAAAUACCUGACCUUCGGACCUUCCGUCGCGAACUGAAGACACAUCUUUUCAUUCGCGCGGGGCUGGCUUAAAUUUUAUCGAUUCUAAAUUUUUUAUUAAUAAUUUUAAAUGGGGUUUUAGUUUAUUAUAUAUUUUAAACUUUUUAGGCUAAUUAUAAAAUAAGUUUUUUAAUUUGCAUUUUAAAUUGUACAUUGUAUUGCCUGUUUUAUUUUUGCCUGUACACUGCCCUGAGUCCUUCGGGAGAAGGGCGGUAUAAAAAUCAAAAUAAUAAAUAAAUAAAUAAAAUAAAUAAGGACCUGGCCAGGGUUCAUCCAGCUGGCCAAGCCCUGUGUAGCAUCCCCCGUACCGUUCAAAGAGAAGGACAGGUAGCUGAGGCUAUGUGUGGAUUUUAGGGGGAUCAGUGGGGUAUGCAUGUGCCGCUCCCCCUAAUGAAGGACAUCUUGGGCCAUUUGACCAAAGGGAAGAUUUUCAAGAACCUAGACCUGAGGGAGGCAUACUACUGAGUGAGAAUCAAGGUGGGCGACGAGUGGAAGAGUGCCUUUAAUUGCCCGCUGGAGAGCUUCCAAUUCAAAGUGAUGCCGUUUGAUCUCCAAGGAGCCCCCACUGUGUUCAUACAGCUAAUUAACGAGAUACUCCAUGAACACCUGUAUAAGGGGGUCUUAGUGUACCUAAAUGAUAUUCUCAUCUUCAUUGAAACAAUGGAAGAGCACACGAAGUGUGCCAGAUGCUCAAAAGCUUCUAGUGGUGAACCUAUUGGCUAAGCUAUCUAAGUGUGAAUUCCACAAAACCUGCCUAGACUACCUGGGCUACUGAGUGUCAAGGGAAGGGGUAGAGAUUGACCCGGAAAAAGGUAAAAGCCAUACUCAAGUGGCAGGCCCUAUGAACCCGUAAGCAGCGGCAGUUUUUCUGAGUUGCAAACUUCUACAGGCAGUUUAUCCCCUCUUUUGCCAAGUUCCCUCUGGUGAUCACUGAGCUGCUGAAGACAGGAAAGGGGGGAGGGAAGCUGCACCCGAGCCAGCCUCUAACCUGGACGAUAGAGUGCCAGGAUGUUUUUGAGAAGUUAAAGGGAGUGUUUGCUGAGGAAUCAGCCCUGAAACACUAACUCUGAAAAGCCUUUCAUUAUCCAGGCCGAUGCCGGUAGGGGAAGUUCUCUUACAGAAAAAUUGAGAGGGGAAGCUGCAACCAUGCACAUGUCCUGAAAGCUCACCAAAACAGAGAGACAUUGAGCAGUGUGGGAGAAGGAAAUCUUUGCUAUCCGAUGGAUGCUGCUAACAUGGCACCAAUUCCUCGAGGGGGGCAAAGUGCCAUUUGAGAUAUGGACUGAUCAUAAGAACCUGGAGGUGCUUCGGACUCCCCAAAAACUCUCACCUAAGCAAGUCCAGUGAGCACAAUACUUCAACCAAUUUGAGUUCGAGCUGAAGUACAUCCCAAGGGAGCAAGAAUUUCCUAGCGGACUCCCUGUCCCACCUGCCAUAAUACAAAAGUUGUCAGGAGGAGGUGGUAGACUUUUUCAUUCCUUCCCCUCAGAAAGUGGCACAAGUGAUGACGAGGCAGUAGCCAAGGAGAAGACAGUCAGAUCCCAGUAACGAACUGACCCAGCAACUAAAAAAAGAGUUGCAAUCCGACCCAUGGUACAAGGACCAUGGGGAAAAGCUUACACUGAAGGAAGGGCUGGCCUGGAAGAGUGGCAAGUUGUAUGUCCUCAGCACCCUAAGGCUCAAGUUUUGCAACAAAGGCAUGAUGCCAAGCAAUCAGGCCACUUCAGGUUCCUAAACACCCUGCACUUAACAAGGAGACAAUUUUGGUGGCCACAAAUGAAAAAGGACAUAGAGAACUAUGUGAAAAGCUGUGCUGUGUGCAGCGAUGAAAAAAUGGCCAGGGAAGAGCCCAGGAUUACUGCAACAGAUAGUUGAUCUGACUUGACCAUGGGAGGAGAUAGUGAUGGACUUUAUAGUGAAGCUCACAGAGAGCAGGGGAAAUACAAUAAUCUGGACCGUGAUAGACCUUUUCUCCAAGCAAGCACACUUCGUCACCUGCUCAAAUCUCCCUUCCACCCAAAGACUGGCCAAGAUGUUCCUGCAGCAUGUCUGGCAGCUGCAUGGGAUGCCAAAAAGGAUCAUCUCGGACUGGGAAGUCCAGUUCACUGCAAAGUUCUGGAGGGAGUUCAUUAAGUUAAUUGGGUCAUCUCAAGGGCUUAGCUCUGCCUUACAUCCGAGUAUGAACAGAUCUGUUUAAUGAGCUAACACAAUGAUAGAACAGUACCUGAGGUGCUAUGUUAACCAUCAGCAAUCUAACUGGGCAGAUCACCUGCCAUUUGCUGAAGUUGCCUAUAAUAAUAGAGUGCAUAGUAGCACGCGACUCACCCUCUCUAACGUAGCCACGGGGUGGAAUUCAUCCCCAUGCCAGAAUAGCUGCAGGAACCCCUCUCCUCCUUGAGCCUAAUGGAAUGGGUGGGUUCCUUACAAAGUGCAUGGGGAAAUGUAAAACGGGCAUUAGCUAAAGCAACAGAAACGCAGAAGGCGCAGGCAGUUAAGAGACCAUCACCCGAGAGGCCAUUUCACAUUGGGGAGAAGGUCUACGUCUCCACAAAAACAUCUGUAAUUGAAACUAUUCCAUUGGAAACUGGGUCCAAAAUUCAUAGGAACUUUUUUAAUAGUAAAAAUAAUAAACCCAGUGACAAUAGAAUUGAAACUGCCGCUUUUGUUAGGGAAAAUGCACCCAGUUUUCCAUUGCAGUCUGCUCAAGCCGGUGGCAGGGUCAGAAUUAAGUCCACUAGCAUAACGAUGAACAUAUUAUUGCUAAGAUUUAUAAAAUGUUAUUGAAAUUGAAUUUGGAAAAUGAACAUGUGAAACAUAGUAUGAUUCAGCAGGCAAGGGAUUUUGGAUAUAAUGUGAUGCUUGAACAAUGGGAAAAUACUGUAUUAGAUGAUAGAUCUUUAUAGAAACGACUUGUUCAUACUAUUAUGGAAAAGCAAAAGGCUGUGAUCUGUUGUUAAUGCCUUAUUCUACUGUAACAGUGAGAAUUGGAAGUCAAUGCUUAUUUUUCUUUUUACUCCCCUAUCCUUCCUCAGUUUUCUUUCCCCUUCCCCCUCCCUUUUCAUUGUCCUCUUAUUUACUUUCACAAUACCUUAUAACUUAAUAAAAUACGAUUUAAAAAAAGAACUAAAUCCGCUAGCAAGGUUAGCUCCGCCUCCAAUAGUGGUGCAGGGGGGAACCCACUAUGAAGUCAAGAGGAUCCUGGAUUCCAGGCUACAGAAGGGUAAACUUCAAUACCUGGUCCAGUGGAAAGGGUAUCCACUAGCAGAGGCUAGAUAGGUGAAGGCCAGGGAUAUGAAAGUGGACUACUUAAUAAAAAAGUUUCAGGAGAAGUACCCCCAGAAACCGGGGAGUCCUCCCCAAAGUCAGGGGGGGACCCAGCCACUGCUAAUGUAUGUGUGUGCUUGAUAUUUCCAGGUGCUCUUUAGGGGGAUCUGACUAUCAACUUUGAAACGGAUUGGGCCCAUCACAGCCAAUUUUCUCUGUUUCUCAGUUUGACGCACUUUGGGGGGACAAGGGAGCUUUGCAAUGUUAAACCAGAUAUCAACAACUUCCUAUCUCAUGGGAACCAAGAUCAUCCCAACAGGUGCUGGCCAGAGACUGAAAGAGGCUUACCAAGAAGAUGCCAGAACACCUAAUUGGAUAAUCAUAAUGUGACCUGUGACAAGGAGAGAGGGAGCUGUCUAAUCUUUAAUUGUACUGAAAGUGCAGGAAAUAGCCAGAGCUGGUUUUAAGAUGAUCCGUGCCCUAAUGAUGUACUAAGUAAAGCAGUUCUUUGAGGAAACUGAAAGUCUUGGAGUGCUGACUCAUUCGAGUUCAUCAGUCGGAACCUUGAAACACACAUGUUAAGGCUCAAAGACAUUAUCUUUUAUCAUUUUUUUUUUUAACAAUAAUGAAAUUCAUACCAAUAACUUGCACAAAUGACCAAUAACUUAGAAUUAGGUUUGUUCUAAUCUAGUGAUGGCUAACCUUUUUGCCGUCGUGUGCCAAAAGUAGGGGGAAUGGGGGGCGUUGCAUGCAGGGGUGCCGGCACCCAUAAUUCAAUGCACCUGCCCCCACGAACGCAUGCCCCCGGUGCUCCCCCAGCUUUUGGCAUGCGAUGGCAUGAUGGGCCCAGUAGGCCCAUUUUUCGCCUUCCCCAGAGGCUUUCUUGGAGCCUGGGGACGGCUAAAAUAACCUUCCCCACCACCUCUGGAGACCCUCCGGAGGCUUAAAACAGCCCGUUUUCCGAUUUACAAUGGGCCCAGAAGGCUGACCAGCAUACGCAUGUGUGCUGGAGUUAAGCUAGGGCAAUGCUCAUGUGCCCACAGAUAUGGCUCUGCAUGUCAUAGGUUCGCCAUCAGAGUUCUAGUCUUUCCCCCAGUAUACACUUUGUUAUUCCAUUUAAAUUAAUAUUGCAAAGAUAAGAUGCAUUGGAAGUACGGGGCCUGAAACCGUCAGCAUUCUCAGACAAGGAAAAAGGGUAUCAGAUGAGAUAAGAGGAUGCAAAAUGUUAUUAUGGAAGGAUGGAUAUAGUAAUCAGUAGUAGAUUUUGAGGGGAAGCAAAAAUCAACCUAUGUGGCAAAUACCAAGGGUCUAGUUCUAAUAUGGAGGCAAAAUGGGUGUUUAAGGUUAAUGGUGGUCAUAAUAAAAAGAAAGUUUCAUUCAGCUAAAAACAAAUAUUAUUGGAUAACAAGGAUAUUUUCAAAAGUUAACUAUUUAUCCUAUGCAGUUUUUUUCUCCCCACCAACAUUGGUUUAAAAAUGGGUGGGAAAAAAAUAUGUUUGGAUCAGCUGUAUUUGUCCAAUACUUGACUAUCAAGCCUUUUCAAUGUAGUACUUCUGUACUAAGCAUUUAAAGAGAGGAAUUUGAAGAGAUUUUUGGGCUUUAUUCUCUGGUCCCAUUUUGUCCCAAAUUGCAUGCAGCAGAAGAAAAACAAUCUCUUCCAGAUUAUGCAGCCUGGAAGGCAUU